AGUCGGCGCGCGCACGCGUAUUGUAAUAUUCUACAGUAUUUUUUACCUUAUCCACCGGCAAAGACUACGACACUAACCAACAGUAUUGAUCGGGCGUUCGCCGUGAAACGGCGCUUCAAAAAUGCGUUACGAAUUUUUCCGUGUUUAAUUAUCCUUUGAUCGAACAAGCAUUGGACGCCCAAUAAUAAAAAAGGGCACUGAAAUAUGGAAGAGUGAAUAAAGUGUUCUGUGAUUGGAGUGAGUUCGACGAUAAUGUCGAAGAUUCCUGUGGAUAAAAAUGGUAGAGUACGAUCUAUAGAACUACGAGGGAUUUAUUCCAGUAAUCAUUCCAAAAUAAAAAGUUUAGACUCACUGGAUCAAGUUGAAGUAAAAAGGACAUCACGUAUUUUAGCAAACUCUGAAAAUGUUAACGAGAUUCCCAAAACAGGACUAAAGGAACAUAUAUUUUCUAAAAGCUAUGCAUCUCUAAUACCAAAAAUGAGUUUAAAUUUAGAAAAGGUAGUGGAACAAAAUCCAAGAAUUUUGGAUUUACGCGAAAAAUUAAAUGCGAUAACGAGAAAGCAAGAUAGAAAUGUGGACAAAAAGACAAAAGGACUAAUUAAUGACAUUACCCAACAACUAGUUGAUGACAAAGAUCAAGAUGAAUCAGGACCAUACAGUCUUUUGUUUGAUCUCAAAGCUGAUCCUUCUACAUCACGUGAAGAAAACACCGAUUUAAAUGUUUGGAACCCAAAAACAAAAAAUACUGAUAUAAAAACUGAAGACACUUCGGAUAAUAAUUCAGACAGAUCACCGAAUGUUUUGAACUUCGAUGACAAACCAAUGAGAGAAUUUGAAUAUUCAUGUGAAAAUGAAAUCAGCCAUCCAGUAAAAAAAAUAUUUAACACACAUUCGAGGUCCGAUCUGUGCUUACAACUAAAAUCCCACAUGCAUUCACGAAAUUUUGAUUCUAAUUUGAGCCCCAAUGACAAUUCAAUAAGUAGAACUAAUGAAGAGAAUUCACUAGAUGAUAGCUUAGGAAUUUUAACUCCAGAUCAGAUGGAUGAUAUUUGUUAUCUGGAAAAUGCUUUUUCUCCUACAGUGGAAGGUCUUCCAAUAUUUUGUGGUACUAAUGAAUCUAAUAAAAUAUCACCAGAUAAUGGGGACACUCCUUCAACCGAUAAGACUGAAAGUAAUUCAGCAGCCUCUACUAUUCAGAAUGAUGGGUUUGAUAGCAUAAACACUGACAAUAAAAAGUGUAAUGUAUUUCAAAAUUCACUUCCAAAUAUAGAAAAAAUAAGUACCCAAGGAUCUAACUUCCUGACAUGUUUUGACUAUUCAAAUCGAAAGUUGUAUGAUCAAUGUUUAAAUACAGAACCCGGAGAUAGUUUACCAGAAUCCUCAGUUUCUAAUUCUGUACAAGACGCGAAUUCAGAAAGUCACCAAACUGAUUUACCUAAGGAUGAUAAUGUUCCAAAUUUGGUUGAUGAUGAAUUUAUGCCUUCGAUUCACAGUAGCAUUUUAGAACCUAUUAGUUCCAUAGCAGAAAAUACAAUAAAUUUAGAAAUACCUCUAAAUUCAAAACAUGAAAACAAUAUGACAACGAACCGAAUUGAUCAAACACCUUCUCCUGAAGAUUUACCACUAGAUAGCUCAGAUAUUCAUGGUGAAAUAAGUACGUACUCUCAGUUUUCUGCCUCUACUUUGCACGAUUCUCAAACUUAUUCAGACGGUAAAAAUGAUUAUCCUAAGUCAAUGGAAACAUCAAAAGUAUCAAAUAGUUUUAUCACGAGUAUUACUAGUAUAACAAGUUUAGAUGGGUAUCAAGGUGAUGGCGAAAUGUCAAGGCCAGUAAGUAGGGGAGGUGACCAUUCUAUAGAGCAGCGUGAAGAUGUUCUAGAAAUGGACUGGCAAAAUGUACCAGUAACUAGAAGAGCAGAUCCUAUGACAGACUCAGAUUUUUUUACAGAGAGCGAUGCUGAUGGGCUGGAUGACCACAUGCAAAGAGGAGAUCGUAGAGCCCAAGUUAUUGAUGGAGCAUUAUAUGGAGGAAAGAAUGCAAAUGGAAAUCCGCCUCUACUGGUGAAUAGGAAUGAUGAUUCGUGUAUGGAAUCUAGUGGAGUAUAUACAGACUUUGAAAACCAUAGGUCGUCUCCUGUUUUUCUAAAUGUAAUUGAUGAUAUGUCACCAGAAGGUUCCACACCAUCGACUAGAUCAGAAUGCAGUCAGAAGAAUACUAGUCCUGGAAAUGUUGAUGCAUAUUUUGAGCCACUUAAUGAAACAUUAGAUGAUAAGAAAUCAGUAUUAACACACGUUGUUAACGAAGAAGAUACUCCAAAAAAUGUUAGCAAAAGAAAUUCUAUAAAUAGUGAAAAAGAUGUCAGAACUGUUGAUAAAAAUAAAGAGGAAAAACGGUGUUUCACUUUGAAGAAAUAUAAAAUGCCUAAGCGUGAUGUGCCAAGUAAAUUAAAAACAAUGUUAGCAAACAGGAAAACUGAUGCUGAUGCUAGUGUACAAAGUAGUCCAAAAAUAGUAAAAAAGAUGGAAAGACGUGAGAUAUUAUCUAAAAAAAAUUCAUUAGAUAUUAAAAACGACUAUAAAACAAAAUCUUUUAAAGAUAUAAAGUCUAAGGUAGACUGUGCAUUUUCAUUACAACGAUCACAGACAGCAUGCAGUGUUACUAGAAUGUUAAGUUCGAAGUCCACAAAUACUAAUCCGAAGCCGAAGGGCCGUCACAUGCGUAUGCGCAUGGAGAUUGGCUCCGCAAACGGCAGCGGGAAGAGCAGUCUGCACAGUUCUCAGAGCGACAUUAGCGCUACCAGCACACCGCUUGGGAAGCAUUCCUCAAGCCGCUUCCCUUUACUACGGAACGGCAAGAAACGGGAGAGCGUCCCGGCACAAAAUAACCCUGCCCGCCCUCCGCCUACUCCGCCACAGCCGCAACCCCCUAAUAUUCAGGCUAAGAAAAAUGGUGUGGUUCAAAAACUGUCUGCGUCACCUGUGUCAUUGCGCGCGCGCACGUCCCUCGCUCCGCCUCCCUCGCCACGGAAACCUGCCCCCCACCGGACACCUGCGCAGCGGCCGACGACUUUGCCUACCAAUAAAGAGCCGCCACGAGUGGCAGCGGCAGUCGGGCCACGCGGCAAGCGGGUACAGACGCCACAAGCAGUGCGGACGCCCCCAGUUGCACUCGCCGCACCACUGCCCGCUCAGCUGCCCGCACGCGUGGAGCAGGUCGCCGCUCUUGCACACGCUGCCAAAGGUGUCGAAGCCUUGGGAGUGUUAGUCCAGUAUUUAGUAUUCCGUUUGGAUGCAUUAAAUGGUGGGUCAUGGCGAUUAGAAGCAGAAAAAUGGCGAGGAGUGGCAGCAGCGGAACGCAGCAGUGCCGCUCGAGCCGACAGAGAUCGUCAGCAACGCGCUCAGAAAGAUCUCGAUACAAUUGCAGAAUGCCUGAGCAAGAUAUCAGAGCUGGAGAUAGAAGUGUCGUCAAAAGAAGAAGCUAAUGCUCGUCUCCAGGCCACACAUAUUGAAGAAGUUGCUGGUCUUGCAAAUGAUAUUAAAGGACUUAAGGAUAAUAUAGAGUCUUUAAAACAUGAAGUUGCCGAGAGUAGGGCGCGAUUACAUGCGCACAGCGAAAUCGAGCGAACUUUGCGCGCGCAGCUUGAAGCAGCGCGGGCGGAGGUAGAAUGCAGCAAGCAACAAGCGCGUGCAACGGCCGACGCAGCGUGUGAUAAAUCUUGUACUAUGUGUGACGCCGCUUGCGAUCCGGUCCGGUGCGAAGCGGAAGAUUGUGAGCUGCGAUUAUCUGCGAAUGAGGAACUGAGCACAGAUGCCAACGAAUUGGCUGCUGAGGUACGAUCUCUGAGGGCGGUAAUAGAAUUAAAGCAAGCGGAGAUGGCGUCACUUCGCGAUGCUCGUUCAGAAUUGUCUGCUGAGCGAGAACGACGUGUAGCGGCAGAGCGCGAUGCUCGUGCCGCACGACACGCCGCUGAAGAGUUAAGGGAGCGGGCCGCCGCACGACAACGCGACGCCGACAGGUUGCGCGACGAGAACAGAAGGCUGCGCGACGCGGCCGCCCGCGACAGAGACCACGCCACGAGAUUGGCUGCUUUGAACGAGGAGCUCAGAUACAAGCUUAGGCAGAAAUCUCAGGUGGUAUCCCUAUUGGCUGGCGGAGGUUACAUAGAGCGCACGCCAAUGCGUACACGAACAUCGUCUGGCGACUCAGUGCGGUCAACGUCCCCGCCGCCCGACUCUCCGCCGUCACCAGCGGCAUCCCCCGCACCGGAUACGCCCCCAUUACCUGCUGUCAAAGGAGUCGUUGAGAAGCACGAUUCGGUCAGUUGGGUGCUUGAAAUAGAAGAAACUCCCGAGGAAGUGGCCUCGAGGUUAGCGAGAAGAUCAUCGUUCCGCACUGCUGCCUCCCCAAGCGGGGUAAAACGCCGCGGAGGUGGCUCACCGGGCAGUGGUUCGCCGGCACCAGCAUCUCCCGCACCUAAUGCCUCCAAACUAUUCAGGCCAGGAGACCUCGAUUUCCCACCGCCGCCUCCCCCACUGAAGGAAUCAGCUGGGGAAGCGAUUUACAUUUAUGAUGACCGUCAGUAUUGAUACAGAUGAAGUAUGAAAUGGAGAAGUAUGAAGGAAUUAUGGUUCGUGAAAUACUAGUCUCGCGCUCGUGGAGUCGGUUGAUAGUAGGCCGUGAGUAGGCGCAUGGAAUAUCAAAACGUGAGAAGCCGUGACAAGACUUAAUUUGAUAUUCUUGCCGAAUUUCUAGUACUGCACGUUACACAGUCAUAGAUUAAAAAAUGUGGGACCCAACAGGUAUGUUCGCAAUUUAGUAUUAAAUGUAACAUUAUGAAAUAAUGAUGCGUCAUAUUAAGGAUUUGAUUGCUAAUGGUUUUGCAAAGUUCGUUGUAGAGUAAAACUGAAUUGUGCAUAGGAUUUGGGUUCGACUGCGCGAAGUAUCGUAACGUACCUAUUAAUUUAAUGGACUACGACUUAUUUAUGUAAUGUGCUUGGAUAUAUUUCAUGUAAUUUAAAA